GCUUUGUGUAUCGCCAAACAAAAAAGAGCCGAAGCGGUCACGUGACCACAAGCCAUGGUUCAAGAUGGAGACUGAGCGAUCUGGUGGCUUCGCUGUUAGCUAGCUAGCUGUUUACAACAUUCACAAUAUGGAAAAUACGACGGGCUGCGGGUCGAUUUAAAGCUCAUAGCGAGAGUUAUUACCCGAACUGAUGUGUGCUUUUGCCAGCUUUCGACCACGAUGAAGCGAAGUUGUUUGUAAACACAGACCACCUGAAGAAUAUUCAAGAUAAAAACAGCACCAAGAGCAGAAAAUUGUCAAUGAUCAUCAUCACAAACCCGUUUUGAGAGGGGAGAUCGAUAUGGCGCUGAGAGAAUUAAAAGUGUGUCUCCUGGGGGAUACUGGAGUUGGAAAAUCAAGUAUUGUUUGGAGAUUUGUCGAGGACAGCUUUGACCCAAACAUCAAUCCGACUAUUGGGGCAUCCUUCAUGACCAAGACAGUGCAAUACCAAAAUGAGCUGCACAAGUUCCUGAUCUGGGAUACAGCAGGGCAGGAGCGGUUUCGAGCUCUGGCACCAAUGUACUACAGAGGAUCAGCGGCGGCCAUCAUUGUCUAUGACAUCACUAAAGAGGAGUCCUUCCAAACACUGAAGAACUGGGUGAAAGAGCUGCGCCAGCACGGCCCUCCGAAUAUAGUGGUCGCCAUCGCUGGCAACAAAUGUGACCUGUCAGACGCAAGAGAAGUGCCAGAAAAGGAUGCCAAGGACUACGCUGACUCCAUCCAUGCCAUCUUUGUAGAAACCAGCGCCAAGAAUGCCAUUAACAUCAACGAGGUGUUUAUAGAGAUAAGUAAGCGCAUCCCCGUCGUGGAGGCAGCAGGAGCAACUUCAGGGAAAGCUUUCAAACUGGGACGGCAGGCCUCAGAGUCUCGCAGGACGUGCUGCUGAUGGUGUCGGUGACUGUCCCGACACGACCUGCGACCUGACCUUUGAUGACCCUCUGUGACUCCGGCCCGUUCCAGCCCAAAACCCACCACACAUCCCUCAAACACCCUGCAUGACACCAACACCCAGGCACAGCAGCGCCGCUCUGAUGGAUGUAGCAAAGCACUUUUAGGGCGCUCGACAAAAGCAAAUCAUCAUGUUUGGUCUGACGAUUGCUGACGGCAGAAAUUCUUCAGGUUUACUGAGCAUUGACAAAAUGCAAAGAUGCAUUCGCAUGUCGGUGAAACAAACCUCUGUUUGCAAUCCUCCUGGACGUCAGCCUCUAUAGGUUGAUCAGAGGAACUUUACAGCUGCAGAUUGAUGGAGUCAGAAGUCAUUUGCACUUGUAAAUUUGUACAAAUCUGCUAUCGUACAACCAAAAAAAUGCAAUGAAGUGAUUUAAUCUCACCAAAUUAUUUUGAUAGUACUUAAGUUAUUGCCUUUUUUUUAUAUACAUCUCUCCCCAGACAUUCUUCAUGCACGAUCCAUCUUUACCUUUAACGUGUACUCACUAAUUUAUUGAUGGUUGAAGAAAGAAGUUAGCGUUUGCUCUCAUUGCAGUGUUGGCUGUUUCCAGUCACAGUUAGAGUUAAGACAGAUUGUGCAGCUUAAUUUACAUUUUUCUGUGUGAUUGCUGUUUCUAUCAAGGCAAAAAACACCACAGGGGUGUUUUGAUGUAAACCACAGUCACACGGUAAACGAUGCAGAAAUGAAAGGUGUGUGGGAGCCUACUUCCUUUACAUAGUUCAGCACUUUGGGAAACUGAUGCCCCUGCAAUGUCUGUUUGGUGAAUAAGUCGCUGGAGCCAGGAGGCAGCUAGCUCGGCUUAACAGAAAGCUGAUGGCUGGUGCCUUAUGUUUGACGCUAUCUUUCUUCUCAUCUAACUCUGCCAGAGAGGAAAAAAGGCCUAUUUCCCAGAUUUCCUUCAGUUGUGAACUUUGUUAUUCUUGGAUAUGGAUAUUUUGAUUGCAGCUUACUCCUGAGAAUGAUAACAAAUUGUUUUAAAAUCUAAACUCUGUGAUCAGAAGAACCUUUCCGUCAACAUCUACCAACGACGGUGCUUUAAUCAGAGCUUAAAAUAGUAGCUGAUGAUUAUUCUAUGAUAACAGUUCCAGCUGCUCACAUCUGUUCCACAUUUCCACUUGUAAUCACUGCAUUAACAGUGUGCGACGUGCCCCAUAGUGCACAUGGUAUAGAGAAGCAGCCAGCCUCCCGAUAUUACUUUUUCUUCUAAUCUCGUUUUAACUGUUGACUGGCGAGCCCGCCUGUCUUUAACCUUCUGCUGCUUCUUUGUAACAGUUUAACGGGGGACGCUGAUUGUUGUGAGGUCUUGCCAAAUUCUUUAAUUGUUCCAUAAACAUUUUUCAUCUUUGCUUUUUUUUUCUUUUUCAUGUAAUCAGCCCUAACUCACACAUCCAGUGGUGUUCUACUACUUGGCCCGUGAUGAAAACAAUGAGAUCUGGAAACCAGAGCUCAUUCAGAGGAAGCUCAUGGUUUGGAGCUUGAGUCUCCCAUUAGCAGGAGGUUAUAGGUGGAGAAUCAGACGUGGCACCGUGUCGACAUGCUGACCCCGUGUUGAACCUUGGUCUCCACUCUGCUCUGAAUUACUGUGGGUGCUUUGUUCCAGAAUCUGCGUUCUUAUCCGUCUUUUCUUUCGCUUUUUCUGCUUCAUUCCUCUGAACCCCAGGCUUUUACUGCUAGCGUUUAAUUGCGGUAAACUGUGCAAGAACUCUCACAGAGCCCUUUACAUUCACUUGAAUCCUUAUGCUAUAUUGCAGUAGCUUCGUUACCUCUUAUAUUGGCCAGAUUGCAUAGCAGUUGACUCCUGACCCUAAGUGGACUUCUUAUCUCUGUGUCAUUUUAUGCUCAUAUCUGUAUGAGCACCUUUAACCUCCAAACUGCACAUGUGGACUUAAUUAGACAUUGGUUCCACGUUUCUAAAUAUGAACUGUGUGCUUUCCUUUCAGUGCGAGCAACUAUUUGCCUUCAAGCGUCUAACAUUUAGCUGUUCUUGAUGAGUUGUGUAGCAAGCAGCGCUGAAUAUUUUUCAGGAUGUUCCUGUGAAGUGCAAUAGUUUUUACUGCGACAAAUUCAAAAUGUGAUCUGAUCAGAGAACACAGUUGAGCACGACGUCUGGUGCAAAGCUGUGAUCUCAUUCCCUUAGCCUCCAACAGAUGAUAAUAACAGGUUUGUGUUGGCCUCAUUCUAUGCUGGUUUGAUGGUAAUUUUGCUCUGAUAUUAGGGAUUAAAUGAGAAGUGCUACUGGGCAACCUCUGAAAACGUGAGAAAAUCUAGACUUUUCAUUCACUCUGCUGUCUUCGAUCACUCGUCCAGCGCUGCAUCAUGAUUGUCGACUCCCGCUAGAAUUCACCACAGCUUCAGCAAACUCAUUUAAAACGGGAAAUCACUCCGGUACUUUGACUGUUUGUAUUAAUUGGCCCACCUCACUAACUAACACUCUGUCUGCAGUUUGUUAUUAUCUCUGUGAAAUCCCUUGAUGAAAUAAUCGUGCAAAGCCUCAGACUCCUUAAUGUCCCUUCAUGUUGGUUUAGGUUGUGAGUGUGGGCUCGGUUAUUAUUGCGAUAAAGAACGUGGUGCCAAAUUAGGUCGAGGUCAUUAUUUCCCCACACACACAUAACUAACCUUUUUUUUGUUAUUAUUGUUAAUGUGAUAUAAUGAUUUAAAGUGCUAAUCGCAUAAUUACUUAAAAAGUUUGAUGAUUAUUGACACGUGAUUUCCCUUAUUUGGAAACAGGAGGCAUGAGCAGAAAAUGUGUGCCAUUAGUUUUGCAUUGAAAAAUAUCAGUAGUCUUGGGCUGGCCCUGGGAAUGUGAUAAAUCUAUAUAAUGUAUCUUUUACAGUGUAGAUAUAUAUACAUCGGAUUGCACACAAGUCGGUGACUAUAUUCUAAGUGUUACAACAGUAUACCUGUACACCGUUUGCAGUAAACAAAACCUUCAGCAGUGUAGUUACCAUAUUUAGCUUUUUAGUACGUUUCAUAUAAAUUGUAACAAAAUGCCUGAAAACACUUGUUUGCAGUGUAAUUCCAAAAGUGUAAAAAGGGAAUUGUGAGUUGUUUACUAAUAAAAGACUGACAAAAAUA